AUGGAUUCCUCUUCGGCACUCUUCUCCUCGACAUUUGGGACGUCUCUGUUGCCGUGGGCAUUGUUUACGCUGGCUGCCAUUUCCGUUUCCCGGUUUGUCGUCUUCCCACUCGUUGGCAGCCCGUUGAACCAGAUCCCCAAUGCACACUGGUCGGCUCCCUUCUCGUCGUUGUGGAUUCUCUCCGUCCGCUACAAGGACGCCGAAACUGAGACCGUCGCGGACGCCCACAAGAAGUUUGGGCCUGUCGUGCGGCUCGGUCCGAACGAUGUGAGCAUCGACAGCAUCGACUAUGUCAAGACCGUUUACAGCGGGCCCUUCAACCGGACGAAGUGGUACGGCAUAUUUGACAACUAUGGCGUCCCUUGCAUGUUCUCGGUCAUACCGGUCAAGGAGCAUGCCAUGCGAAAGCGCAUGGUCUCGCAUGUCUAUUCGAAAUCGUUCCUCCAGGCAUCGCCUGCCGCUGCCGGCCAGGCUCGUGCCAUCCUGCUCGACCGGCUGUUGCCCAUCUUGGCGGAUUCCGCGAAAGCGGGCCAAGAGCCCAAGGGCGUCGAGAUGUUCCAGUUGUUCCAGGCGACGAGCAUGGACUUCAUCACAUCUUACAUAUAUGGCCUCCGCGGCGGCACCGAUUUUUUGCGCAACCCAGCCGCCCAUGGCCAUUGGAUCCAGACGUAUCUGACCCGAUUCAGUGCUUUCUUUUUCCAACAGGAGCUCCCUGAGCUCUCACGGAUGGUCGCAAAAUGCGGCAUCUUUCCGUUGCUGCGGUCAGCGGUUCGGGCCACCAACGAGCUUGCCGACUGGAACCAGACGCUGUUCGGGACGGCGGCGGCGCGGCUUGACAGUCCGUCGGUGGAUGGUGGAGACGACCAACCGUCACCGGAGGACGAGCCUACGGUAGUAAAGUCGUUCUUGUCUGCCGUUGAGCGCGAGAAUACUGCGCACGGCGCAGAGUCCGUCCUCUACAAUACUGUGCUUCAAAAUCCCCGUCUGUCGGCCCAGUCGGAGGUGUACGACCACAUCAUUGCCGGCCAGGAAACAACCGCCAGCACGCUCGCCUAUCUGGCGUGGCAGCUGUCCGUCCACCAGGAUGUGCAAGACAGUUUGCGGGCAGAGCUUCUGCGGCUCAAGGCGGACGAAGAUUCCGGCUCGCCAUUCCUCCCGGAUGCCAGGACACUUGAUGGUUUGCCCGUCUUGCAUGCCGUCAUUAUGGAGACGCUGCGGCUAUAUGCGCCGUUCGACGGUCCGCUGCCCCGUCAGACACCCGCGUCCGGCUGCCAGCUGGGCCCGUAUCGACUUCCGGGAGGCGUCCGCAUUGCGGCCCUUGCACAUACGCUGCACCGCGAGUCGUCCGUUUUUCCCGACCCGGAGACCUGGGACUAUACGCGGUGGACCGGUGCGGAUGACAAGGAAAGAAACGAGCGCAAUCGGCAGUUUUGGGCCUUUGGGUCUGGUGGGCGAAUGUGCAUUGGGUCCCAUUUUGCCAUGCAAGAAAUCAAAGCCAUCAUUGCCGCGAUCUACAGUCGCUUCAAGACGCUUGUCGUGGACGACAGCAGCAUGGACCCCGAUGACGCAGAGUAA